GACGCACGUGUUCUAUCGAGCCACUGCGGUUCUGCUUCCUAUUACAGCGGAGGGAAUGAAUGGCACAAAGGUAAGGCCGUAACAGUAUAACAUGCAACACGGGAGGCUUGGCGACUCGCUCUCCAUCGCUACCCACGCUCUUUAAGCAAAGAGCGGACAGAGGAGACGGAUCUGAUUACAGCUGACGAAAGACAAGCUGGGCAAUUGCCUGCCACUACUCUUUGCCACCGACAAAGGCAUAUAUAACAGUCCCUUCCUCAAGGCAGUUCCUGCCCGUCCGCAGCACUGCAAGCAACCCUCAAAGCUGCGAUCCAGAAGCUCUACCAAGGCGCGCUGUGUCCCGACUGCCUCCGCGAAGCAGACGCAAGUCGUCAGUCACCACCCUCGCCAGCCACUGUUGUUUGAUGGGCCCGUCCGUCCCUCUCACCUGAUGAUAUUGUCCGCAUAGGUAAGCAGCAAGCGAGAGGCCUCUAAAAACGUUUCUGUGGAAUUCUGGCAGAGCUCGCUCACGGCUUGCGAGUGCACGGGAAUGUGUUUCAGAUGACUGCAGUCAUGCUUCUCCACUGGUCAAGAGAUUUAUUGAAAACCGCAUGCUUGAGUCUUAGAAGUUUCCAAGUACAUCAUUGUUUGAGAAUCAUUAACAAACAUAUGAGCACGGGUGCAGUUGCUCAUGGCCGAAGGAGAGUGGUCAUCACAGGAAUAGGAUUAGUGUCUCCUUUGGGUGUAGGAACCCAACUGGUGUGGAGCAACCUUCUCCAGGGAAAUUGUGGGAUUGUUGCUCUCGAAGGGGAGGCGUAUUCCACUCUACCCUGUAAAGUGGCGGCCUGUGUGCCAAAGGGAGCUGGUGAAGGCCAGUUCCAUGAAGAAAAUUUUGUGUCAAAGUCGGAGAGCAAAGCAAUGUCUUCUGCCACCAUCAUGGCCAUAGGUGCUGCUGAUCUAGCAUUAAAAGACUCUGGCUGGCACCCGCAAUCUGAAGUGGCUCACCUAAAUGCUGGUGUGGCAAUAGGAAUGGGGAUGGUUGCACUGGAAGAUAUUUCCGAGACAGCAUUCACGUUCAGAACAAAGGGUUAUAACAAAGUCAGUCCAUUCUUUGUUCCCAAGAUCUUAGUCAAUAUGGCAGCAGGUCACAUUAGUAUUAGAUACCAGCUGAAAGGACCCAACCAUGCUGUAUCAACUGCUUGUACUACUGGGGCACAUGCUGUGGGAGACUCCUUUCGAUUUGUAGCCUAUGGUGAUGCAGAUAUGAUGCUCGCUGGAGGAACAGAAGCUUGCAUUAGCCCUUUGUCUCUGGCUGGGUUUGCUAGAGCUCGAGCUUUGAGUACUAGCUUUAACUCGAGGCCCAAGCUGGCAUGCCGGCCAUUCCACUCACAGAGAGACGGAUUCGUCAUGGGAGAAGGUGCGGCCGUUCUGGUUUUGGAAGAAUAUGAGCAUGCUGUACAAAGAGGAGCUAAACUGUAUGCAGAAAUUUUAGGUUAUGGACUAUCGGGUGAUGCUUGUCAUAUAACAGCACCUAAUCCAAAUGGGGAUGGCGCCUUCAGAUGCAUGUCUGCAGCAAUGAAAAAUUCUGGAGUUUGUCCUGAAGAAGUAACAUACAUCAAUGCUCAUGCCACCUCCACGCCACUAGGAGAUGCUGCAGAGAAUCAAGCUAUAAAAAGACUCUUUAAAGAGCACGCAUAUUCUCUUUCAGUUUCCUCGACAAAGGGAGCAACAGGCCAUCUCUUGGGUGCUGCAGGGGCUAUUGAGGCAGCUUUUACUGCUUUGGCUUGUUACUAUGGGAUUUUACCACCUACUCUAAAUCUGGACCAGACAGAGCCACCAUUUGAUCUCAACUACGUUCCACUUGUACCCCAAGAGUGGAGAAGUGAAAAGCGCCGUAUUGCUCUCACUAAUUCUUUUGGCUUUGGUGGAACUAAUGCAACACUGUGUUUUGCUAGUGUUUAGCUUGACAGUCUUCCCACUUGCAGUUCUAAUCCUUGUAACAUUUGUAUUCAAAUUAAAAGUAAUGAGUGUUUUUUUCGUAUUUAGUUGGAGGGCUGCUUAUCACUAGAUGAAUGUAAAGGUAAAGUUGUGCCGUCGAGUCGGUGUCGACGCCUGGUGACCACAGAGCCAUGUGGUUUUCUUUGGUAGAAUACAGGAGGGGUUUACCAUUGCCAUCUCCUGUGCAGUAUGAGAUGAUGCCUUUCAGUAUCUUCCUAUAUCACUGCUGCCCGAUAUAGGUGUUUCCCAUAGUCUGGGAAACAUACCAGCAGGGAUUUGAACCGGCAACCGGUUGCUCGCUAGGCAAGUUACUUCCCCUUUGCGCCAUUAGGUGGCUUAGGUGAAUGUAGCCUCUCAUAUGACAAUUAUACACAACCUUUUUGCCAUAUCUAUAUGUGGCAGGACAUAACGGAUGACAACUUCCUGUAACAGGAAAUGGAUGUGUUUGGCACAUGCGAAGAAGUAUGUGGGGGAUUCAUAUAGUAGCCAAAGGUCGGCAAACUUUUGAAACAAAAGAACCAAACUACAUCAAAAUUCAACAAAGAGCCUAUGGAAAAGUGACAUCAGUGUAGAAAAAUUCAUUUUCUGUGAAGUGGCCCAGGCUUUGCAAAGUGGUUGCAUGUUCUUAGGGACAUUUUGCUUUUAAAUUAAUUCAGGAUGCUGAAAUACCAGGUGUUUGAACUUGGUACAGUAUUUUGGGCCCAUUUGCCAAAUGAAAUUAUUCCACCGAAUUCAUGUUAGGGAGCUAACAUACAUAUUCCAAGCACAGCCUUGAAGUUCUUUGAUCUGAAUGUUGUUGCACCACAACAUCCAUGGAAAUAAUAGCACCUUGCUCUUUGAGCUUGUAUAGCCUCUGAUGCAAGGUGGUGGUGGGGGGGGGGGGAUAAGCCAAGCCCAAGAAGAUCUUGCAUCAGAGGCUCAUUCUACGCCAGUCUAUUCUUUGCUGCACUACAGAGCAGAACAUUUAAGCCACUGUAAAGCUUUUGCUCCAAUGCCCAUCUUCCAGUGUGUGCUGGUUCAGCAACAGCCAUUGGCACUUGUAUGCCACACUUUCUCAAAGCUCUGUAUAUCUCUAGCUGUUAACUAUUAUUAGUGGUCCAGUUUGAAUAAAUGAGGAGGUACAAGCCUGUUCCAAAGUGACUUACCAGCAAGCAUAGCUAUUUCUGUCUCUUGCUUCUCUCUCAUUUGCAAUAUUGGGUGGGUGACUGAGGAAAGAGAGACUGCUCAGGACCAAUCCCAGUCUUGGCCUCCUAUUCUCCUCAAGUCUACCCCUCCUCCUUGAAUCAUGGUUGAACUUCUCAAGCCCUAGAAUGCGGUAGACUGGCAAAUACUGGCGGUAUUUGCAAUGUCAAUUUGCCAUGUCAGUGACAGACAUUGACCACGGUGCUAUGACAUUGACCACGGUGCUAUGACAAAGGAAGAAGCCCCGUGGGGACACAAAGGAGCUGGAAACUAGCUGCGCUCCUUCCUUCUUCCACAGACCAACUUGGGCAGUGAGAGACACAAUUAUCACUGCUCUCUCCUUUAGGACUAUUUACUUCUUCAGAACUAUUCACUUGCAAGAAUAUGUCUCUGAGGGCUGCACAACCUUCAGGUGAAUAGUCCUUUAGGAGGGAGAAGACAGCGGAAAUCACAUCUGACUCCUCUGCUGUUGCUGGGCUGAGGAAGGAAGUAUACCAAGUUUACAACCUCUUCCUGUCCUUCCAGAGCUUCUUCCACCCCCUGCUAACUGAGCAAAGAGGCACCUUUUUAAAGUGGUGAUUCUAUUUAGCAGGGGGAGAGCAACUGGCCCUAUCCAUCUCCAGCACACCAUUUCUCCAGUGGUAUCUAUCUUAUGUUGCUUUUUAAGAUUGUGAUCCCUUUGGGGACAGAGAGCCUAUUUAUUUAUUUGUAUCUAUGUAAACUGCUUUGGGAACUUUUGUUGAAAAGUGGUAUAUAAAUAUUUGCCAUCGUCUUAGCACUGUGGAGAAUGUCAGCUGUUGCCUUAAGGCAAUAGAUAGAACUGUUGUCUGUAUCUUUAAACAAGCAAUGCUCUUGAAACAUUGAAAUCAGAACUUUAGAAUGCAUCCAUUUUCAAAGCAUUUCAGAAUGGAAUGUGCCAAGCUUUUUUUCUGCCUAUAAUUCAGUACUUAAGCAGAGUGUAUUACAUAGUGCAGUUAAAGAUGCAUUCAAAACUGUAAUUGUGACAGCAAAGUACAAGUACAGUGAGGAAAUGCUCGACAUAAUUGAGCACUGAAUCUUGAAAACAGAAGUGUGCAAACAGGUUCAAAUCCAAACCGGUUUGAUAUUGAACUGGUUUGGUUCGAAGGUUUGGGGCCGAGGGAGUAAGUUAAAGAAAAAGGAUUAUUGGGGGUGGUGGUGGAAAGUUCUAUGAAUCCCCUGAACCAAAUGGGGGGGGCGGUUUCGAUGGGGGGCAAAACCAAACUGGCCCGGUCCAGUUUGGGUCUGGUUCGAACUCAGACUGAACUGGGCCAGGCAGUUAUGUGUACACCCCUACUUAAAAAUGCUUUGGUUUAAGCAUUCUCCAGUUAAUUGAACAAAUAAUUUAUACAAGCUGAACCCGUGCAGAAUAUCUGCACACUAGUACUUGAUUGCUCACCUCACCCCCUGCCACAGCCCCGCUCACCUCUGAGAUCUCUCCCCUCUCACCUGAUGCACAUGGGUGCCUCUCAAGCAUACGGUGAUGUUUUUGGUUAGUCCAUUCCUUGAUCCAAGCCAGCUUUUGAAUGAAGCUUUAGUUACUUACUAGCUUAACCCACAUGGAGUAUCUGCACACUAGUACUUGAUUGCUCCCCUCACCCCUGCCACAGCCCCCUUGCCUCAGAAUUCUCUCCACCCUCACCUGAGCUGCGCUGCUGCUGCUCCUCCUCCAUUUCGUUGCUUCCAUCCCCCUCGCCCCUCUUGGUCACUCCUCCAUUCUUUAUUCCAUACCACUCUUCUUGGUCAUGGCUGCAGUGUUGCUGGUGCCUACUGGCCAAGCUUCAGCACCCUAUCUCCAGAGACCUCCUCAUCCAAGCCCCGCUCCUGCUCCUCCCCACAGGAGCAACAGCAGUGGUUGACCAGGCCCUUCCUUGCUGACGCCACCACCGUGGCCGCUCAUUCCCCUCAGGCCACUGACAGGCUCGGGCCUGUCCCUUACUCUUCCUUCUUUCUCUCUUCCCCUCCCUGCCACUCGCUCUUCCCCUCUGUCUUUCUUCCAUCUCUCUCUCUCUCUCUCUCUCUCUCUCUCUCUCUCUAAGUUAACAGACUUUGUUCAUCUUGUUUCCUCAUCUAAUUCACUCAACGGCAGCCUCCUUCUCCUGAAGGGGCUGUUUCCUCUCUCACAACCCCUUUCUUCGCAGACCCCUGCCCACUAUCCAGAUAGAUAGUUAGGUAAAAUUCCUCUCCUCUACAAUAAAGAACAUCUUCCAACCAGUAACAGUUGCAUUCCAAAUUACCUUAACCAUCACAGGCUCCUCCUCCCUAUCUGCAUAUGGAAUCCCCACUGCCCAAUCACCAUGGUGCUUCUGCUCUCACAGGUUGCUCCUCCCUCUCUGCAUAUGUAAUCCCCACUGCCCUAUCCGGUGCUUCUGCUCGCGAACUCUUGCAAGAGCUGCCACGCACGGGAUUAGCCAUGGGUACGCCUUAGAGAAUUUUAUAUCUAGAUAUUUCAUCUGCUUUGAAGUUUAGGUCUAAACUGAGAAUUGUAUUUACAUCAAAGCUAUGUCUUUCACAACAUCAAAGAAGUACAUGUAGGUCAUAUGCUUCCUUCCCCCCACAAAUCCACCUUAAUUGAAAGCAUUAUUUUGUAUUGUAAAUUUGUUGUUUGUCUAUGUUCUUCUCAAAAGAUACCGAUAAUAUUUUCUCUGAUUGCUGGCCACAUGUUGGCUACAAUCCAAUGAAACCACUGGUAUUUUCUUUUAAGUAAUGCAUUUAUGUUUGUGGUUUCAUACUUUGAGCUAAUAUAUUACUUAGCAUCCAAAGCAUAAAACAUUCCUUCUUUUGAUUCAAAUGGCUCCAAAUAGCUGUUUCCUGUGCUUCCAGGUGUGUGAGGAAGGGUCCCCUUGAAGGGCAAGUACUUCUCUCUGCAAUAUUACUGUGCUCAAUGCAAUAGAGAUUCCACCUAAUUUUGGAAAAAGCAGGACAUUACUAAAGAUUUGGGUAUUCACCUGCCAAAAUCUGGGUUUCUCCUUGUUUGGAAAGGGGUUCAUCAUUGUCUAGUGGCCUUCUAACCUUCAGGGGUAGGCAACGCUUGCACUCCAGCUGUUGUUGAACUAAAGCUCCCAUCAUCCCAUGAUAAAUUGUGGCACAGUUCAGUAACAACUGAAGUGCCAAGGCUGCCUACCCUGUUCAAGAUGCAAAUGUGUAUUUAUGCUAUCACCAAUGCUAAUGUUCAGUUUCUGCAAAGGUUGUGGCCUAUGCAGCUUUGUCGAGGCUACCCUUCUCCUUUCAUCAUCCCCAGCUGCUAAUAACCCAGGCAACCUUGAAAGUAUCAUGAUCUGCAUCAAUACAUGUACAUUCAAGAUGUAUUGUGAAUUUGAUCUCUAUGAAGUUUCUUGAGACUUAGUCUCUGCUGAAUAUCACAUAUACUUUUCAGGUAUGUCAAAUAGGCAUUAAGAAGAACAGCUAUGGUGUUCAAGCCAACGGACAUAAUUUUUUUUGAGAGGUAAGAGACAGGCUACAAGGAUUCAGCUUACAACCACCUAAAAUUUCUUUAAAUGUACAUUAUUCAGAUUUCAAAAAAUAGGGAGUUUUUAAAAGCUGAGAUUUCUAUUGCAAAGGAGGGAGAUCUGGUUACAGCUGUUAAUGGCUCCUUUGGUGGCGAUGCGGGACCGAGCCAGGGCUUUUGAAAUAUGCUCCCUGUCAAUAUAAGAGUGUCUCCAUCUUUGGCUGUAUUAAAAAUAUAUAUACCUUGAUGCACCUGUUUUUUCGGGCUUUCUGUUAAAACUAAUUUUAAAACUGUUUUAAUUGGUUUUAUUGUAUUUUCCUGUAUUUUAAACUGCUGUACACCGCCUUGAGAAUUACAUGUUAGGCAGUUUAUAAAUGUAAUACAUAUAUAAAUAAAUAAACUAUGUCUAUAGCUGUGGAA